GUCAUUGAACGCCUCCUAAUCCAGCCCAGCCACCGAGCACUCGUAGCCAUUUUGGUCGCACCUAAAUCAUCCCAGGGAGCUGCUCGCCCACCGUUUGCGAUGACCCAAAACGAGCCGACGCCGAGGAAAUACAACGUCGAACCUGUUUAAAUCCCGCCUGCCUGACGACACUGCGCCGCCGCCCGACUUCGGAGGCCAUGGCCCGUCGCUGCUAGGCGGACUUGAGAGCAAAAAAAAAAAAAAGCCCGGGGCGUUUUUUUUUUUUUUUUUUUUUUUUUUUGAAGUAGUGGCCGAGCGGCGCCUCCGUCAAACGUUGGCCAAGUUCCCUUUGGCCCGACUGGCCCCGGGAGUCGGGACGACUGGCGCAGCAACGAUUUGCACAUUUUAUUUUGUUGGCCACUCCAAAGUGUUGCUUCCCCACUCGUUCGGAGAUCCAUGCGACUGUGUCCCUCUUCCGCCGCGGGAUCGAACGAGGUGUCACCGGAUCGCGAGCUGCUUAGCCUCGCUUGAAACAUCAUGUCCACCAAAACCCCUUUGCCCACCGUCAACGAGAAGGCGACCGAGAGUUUGCUUUUGAAAAGGACACCAGCACACACAGAAAUAAAAAUCAAUGCUGCACGCGUCCUCUCACGGCAAUGGCCGCCAGUCGUCCCGCUCGGGCGUGCGUUCUCGCAGCUCCGACGAGCCACAGCAGCCGCACGUGGGCAACUACCGCCUGCUCAAGACCAUCGGGAAGGGCAACUUCGCCAAGGUCAAACUGGCUCGCCACAUCCUCACCGGCAGAGAGGUGGCCAUCAAAAUCAUCGACAAGACGCAACUGAACCCCAACAGUCUUCAGAAGCUCUUCAGAGAAGUCCGAAUAAUGAAGAUCUUGAAUCAUCCCAACAUUGUCAAGCUGUUUGAGGUGAUCGAGACUGAGAGGACACUCUACCUGGUCAUGGAGUACGCCAGUGGAGGAGAAGUCUUCGACUACCUGGUAGCACAUGGAAGAAUGAAGGAGAAAGAGGCCAGAGCUAAAUUUAGACAGAUUGUAUCGGCGGUGCAGUACUGCCACCAGAAGCACAUUGUCCACAGAGACCUCAAGGCGGAGAACCUGCUGCUGGACGCUGACAUGAACAUCAAGAUCGCCGACUUUGGCUUCAGCAACGAGUUCACGCUGGGCAACAAACUGGACACCUUCUGUGGCUCGCCGCCGUACGCCGCGCCCGAGCUCUUCCAGGGCAAGAAGUACGACGGGCCUGAGGUGGACGUCUGGAGCCUGGGCGUCAUCCUCUACACGCUUGUCAGCGGCUCACUGCCCUUUGACGGGCAGAACCUCAAGGAGCUUCGCGAGCGCGUGCUGCGAGGGAAGUACCGCAUCCCCUUCUACAUGUCCACCGACUGCGAGAACCUGCUCAAGCGCUUCCUGGUGCUCAACCCAGCCAAGCGCGGGACGCUCGAGCAAAUCAUGAAGGAUCGCUGGAUCAAUGCCGGAUUCGAAGACGACGAUCUGAAGCCUUACGUGGAGCCGGAGCUGGACAUCGCCGAUCAGAAGAGAAUAGAUGUGAUGGUGGGCAUGGGCUACAACUUGGACGAGAUCAAGGAGGCUCUGGCCAAGAUGAAGUACGACGAGAUCACCGCCACCUACCUGCUGCUGGGCAGGAAGGCCUCGGAGGCAGAGCCCGGCGAGUCGGCGUCCAACAGCAACCUGUCGCUGGCCAAGGCCAGACCCAACAGCGAGCUCAAUGGGCAGUCACCCUCGCAACUCAAAGUCCAGAGGAGCGCCUCAUCCAACCACAAGCAGCGGCGCUACAGCGAGCAAGCGGGCCAGAACGCCACGGCGGGCACAGCCCAGCCCAAGCGCAGCCAGACGGCCGCCGUCGACAACGGAAAGGACGACGGUGGAGUCCAGCUGCGCAAGUCAGGAGCCCCGGGGAGCCGGGUCGCGCCACCCGCCGGCCCGCUGCUGGGCAACGCCAACAACCCCAACAAGGCCGACAUACCUGACCGCCGGAAAGCUGGUGCCGUCGCGCACGCCAACAACACGGCGUCGGCGGGGAUGACGCGCCGGAACACCUACGUGUGCAGCGACCGCAACAAUGCCGACCGCCUCUCCGUCAUUCCCAACGGGAAAGAGAACAGCAGUUGGGUGGCCCGCACCGCCAGCCCUUCGCCUUCCUUGCGGGGCCAGGCGCCCAGCCCCUUGCACGCAUGCCAAGCGGGCUGGGCCACGCUGCCGCACUCCUACUACGCGCUGGACUACUGCUCGGCCAACGCAUUGGUGUCCCCGGGCGGCCAGCACAACCCGGUGGCGUCCACUCACAGUGUGGCCAACGCGUCCACGCCCGAGCGUUUGCGCUUCCCCCGCGGCACAGCCAGCCGCAGCACCUUCCACGGCGGGCAGCUGCGCGACCGGCGCACGGCCACCUACAACGGGCCGCCUGCCUCACCCAGCCACUCGCACGAUGCCUCACCGCUGUCGCAGGCACGCAGCCGCGCCACCAGCAACCUAUUCUCCAAGCUCACCUCCAAGCUCACGCGCAGAAACAUGUCGUUCAGGUUUACCAAAAGAGUCUCCACAGAGUUUGAGCGAAACGGGAGGCUCGAAGGCUCAAGCCGCCACGUGCCCGUCGGGGAGGCCAAGGGCGAGGGCAAGGAUGGCAAGCCGCGCUCGCUGCGCUUCACGUGGAGCAUGAGGACCACCAGCUCCAUGGAGCCGGCCGACAUCAUGCGGGAGAUCCGCAAAGUGCUGGAUGCCAACAACUGUGACUACGAGCAGCAGGAGAGCUUCCUGUUACUGUGCGUCCACGGUGACGGGCACGCCGAGAACCUGGUCCAGUGGGAGAUGGAGGUGUGCAAGCUGCCGCGCCUCUCGCUCAACGGCGUGCGCUUCAAGAGGAUCACCGGCUCGUCCAUGGCCUUCAAGAACAUUGCCUCUAAGGUGGCCAACGAGCUCAAGCUAUGAGGAGCCACUGCCGCCGCCCCUCGAGCUGUACAAUCAUCCAUGUAGCAACUUUCCAAACGCCUCCUUUUGUAAGAAACUAAAAGACCAGCAAAGUAUGUAUCCAUUCGACAUCACCCACCUUUGUUUCCUUUUUUUUUUAGGCAAUAAUCGCUCAACUGCUGACUAAUACUUUGUUCUGGCCACACGGGGGCGACAUAGUUGAGUUUAUUUGUGUCCUGCUGUCAAUGUGGACACAAAAGAGAAUUUCUAGUCUUAUUUAUUUUCUUCCCCUCUUCCUGAAUAAGAUUAAAAUCACCACGUAGCUUUUUUCUUGUUUUCCGUGUAAAUAUCUCACACUGCAAA